AUGCAGAGCUUGCCACCGUUUCCCGUGUGCGUCACCGCUCCCAGUACUUUCAGUGUAGCACACCCACUCCAUCGCGGCACUACAGUCUACCACCAACGACACUCUUGCCCCAACGUAAGCUUCGACAGCUUUGCAGCCACGCUGCCCACUGCGUCUCCUCCCAACAAGAAAACCCGCAAGAGCCGCGUCGUCUUCGACUUCACCACCGAGGAGAUGGCCCAGUACUUCCAUAUGUCCCAGCGCGAAGCCGCACAGCAGCUCGGCGUCGCCACGGUCACCAUCAAGCGCAACUGCCGGCGCCUCGGCAUCGUCUGGCCCUACCGCCUCAUGAAGUCCAAGAAGAACGCCAUCAACUGGUCGGCCAUCUCGCGCGAGGAUGCGCAGCGUAUCCGAAAGGAGCGCGCUCUAGAACGUGCUAAAGCCGCCAAGGCAAUCGCUCUGCUCAGCCACAGCAGUAGUGUCAAGCUUACGGAGGCCGGUCGCGCCUUACCUCGAUUGCCACUAGACUGCAUGGACAUAUCCAACUAG